GUAAAAAUGUAUAAGGCAAGGACAGUAUUUAGUACAUUAACUCCUUUGGCACCUCGAAUGUGCAAACCUGAAAGGUUUGCUUCAUGGCUAGUACGAAGUCAUCCUCUAACAAGAACUACACAAGUGAUAGUUGCCAAAUCAGCUAAAAAGUAUAGCAAUCGGGUAGCAACAGAACCUUUUCUCAAUGGAAGUUCUAGCUCUUAUGUAGAAGAAAUGUAUAAUGCAUGGCUACAAGAUCCUCAUAGUGUACAUGUGUCUUGGGAUUCAUUUUUCCGUAGUAGUACUGCUGGAGCUGCACCAGGUCUUGCAUAUCAAGCUCCUCCUUCUCUUGCUCCAAGUCAUAACCAAGUUCCAUUAGGAGCAUUAUUACCACUUGGUGGAAGUACUCAAUUAAGCCAAAUACCUAUUACUGAAAAGAUAAUUGAUGAUCAUCUGGCUGUUCAAGCUAUUAUUCGUUCUUAUCAGGCUCGAGGUCACUUAGUUGCUGAUCUGGACCCACUGGGUAUUAUGCAAACAGACCUGAUACAUACACAUUAUGCAGCCCGCAAGGGAUCUCCAGAACAGGUUCUGCGACAAUAUAUGCUUGAUUCGUGGCCAUCAUAUCGCUAAAUUGGAUCCACUUGGCAUCAACAGCGCUGAUCUUGAUGAUAGACAUCCACAAGAGUUGCUCUAUAAUCAUUAUUCAUUCGAAGAGUCAGACAUGGAUCGUAUUUUCAAAUUACCGUCCACCACUUUUAUCGGAGGCAAAGAAAAAUCAUUGCCUCUUCGUGAAAUCCUAAAGAGAUUAGAAGCUGCUUACUGUGGUCACAUUGGUGUGGAAUUUAUGUUUAUUAACUCCUUAGAACAAUGUAAUUGGAUUCGGCAAAAAAUGGAGACACCCGGUAUUAUGGAAAUGACAAAUGAUGAAAGGAGACUUAUUUUGGCUAGAUUAACUCGAGCAACUGGAUUUGAAGCAUUUCUUGCACGUAAAUGGUCAUCUGAGAAAAGAUUUGGUUUAGAGGGAUGUGAAAUUCUAAUUCCUGCUAUGAAACAAGUAAUUGAUAAAUCAACUGAAUUAGGAGUUGAAUCCAUUGUUAUGGGUAUGCCUCAUCGGGGUCGUUUAAAUGUCCUUGCUAAUGUAUGCCGCAAGCCUUUAAGUCAAAUAUUUACCCAAUUUGCUGCUCUUGAAGCAGCUGAUGAUGGAUCCGGUGAUGUUAAAUAUCAUUUGGGAACGUAUAUUGAGCGUCUAAAUCGAGUAACAAAUAAAAACAUUCGUUUGGCUGUGGUGGCAAAUCCAUCUCAUUUGGAAGCUGUUGAUCCAGUAGUGCAAGGAAAGACUCGUGCAGAACAAUUCUAUCGUGGUGAUGGUGAAGGCAAAAAGGUCAUGUCUAUUCUUCUGCAUGGUGAUGCUGCAUUUUGUGGACAGGGUAUUGUUUUUGAAACAAUGCACUUAUCAGAUUUGCCUGAUUACACAACUCAUGGUACUAUUCAUAUUGUGGUGAAUAAUCAAAUUGGAUUUACAACAGAUCCAAGACAUUCACGAUCUUCUCCAUACUGUACUGAUGUUGCAAGAGUAGUGAAUGCACCUAUCUUCCAUGUUAAUUCGGAUGAUCCUGAGGCAGUGAUGCAUGUUUGUAAAGUUGCUGCAGAAUGGAGAGCAACUUUUCAUAAAGAUGUUGUUAUUGAUAUUGUAUCAUAUAGACGAAAUGGUCAUAAUGAAAUUGAUGAACCUAUGUUUACACAACCUUUAAUGUAUCGCAAAAUUAGAAAUACUCCACCAGUUCUAGACAAAUAUGCUAAAACUCUUACUGACGAUGGUGUUGUCACUUCUGAAGAAGUUAAGGAUGUUAAAGAUAAAUAUGAAAAAAUCUGUGAAGAAGCAUAUGUCAAUGCUAAACAAGAAACACAUAUUAAAUAUAAAGACUGGUUAGAUUCUCCAUGGUCUGGUUUUUUUGAAGGAAAAGAUCCUUUGAAAGUAUCUCCUACUGGUAUUAAAGAAGACACACUCAUUCAUAUUGGAAAAAAAUUCUCAUCACCACCACCCAAUGCAGCAGAAUUUGUAGUUCAUAAAGGUAUUGAACGUAUUUUGAAAUCUCGUAUGGAAAUGAUAGAAGCUCGAACAGUUGAUUGGGCUCUUGGAGAAGCUAUGGCUUUUGGUUCCUUACUUAAAGAAGGCAUUCAUGUUAGAUUGUCAGGUCAAGAUGUAGAAAGAGGAACCUUUUCACAUAGACAUCAUGUUCUUCAUCAUCAAACUGUAGAUAAAGCUACUUAUAGACCGUUAUGUUACCUUUAUCCAGAUCAAGCUCCAUACACUGUGUGCAAUAGUUCUUUAUCAGAAUUUGGUGUUCUUGGAUUUGAAUUAGGUUAUUCUAUGACAAAUCCUAAUGCAUUAGUAUGCUGGGAAGCACAAUUUGGUGAUUUCAACAAUACAGCACAAUGCAUAAUCGAUCAAUUUAUUAGCAGUGGUCAAGCUAAAUGGGUACGUCAAUCUGGUCUUGUUAUGCUGCAACCUCAUGGUCUUGAAGGAAUGGGACCUGAGCAUUCCAGUGCUCGCUUAGAACGUUUUUUACAAAUGUCGGCUGAUGAUCCAGAUUAUUUUCCUCCUGAAAAUGAAGAAUUUGCUGUACGCCAGUUGCAUGAUAUCAACUGGAUUGUAGCUAAUUGCAGUACACCAGCAAAUUAUUUUCAUAUUUUAAGAAGACAAAUUGCAUUGCCAUUUAGAAAACCUUUGAUUUUAAUGACACCAAAAUCAUUACUUCGUCAUCCAGAAGCGAAAUCUAGUUUCGAUUUAAUGUUAGAAAAUACAGAGUUUCUUAGAGUAAUACCAGAAGAAGGUGUAGCUUCUGAAAAUCCUAAUAAUGUUAAAAGAGUGCUUUUUUGUUCUGGUAAGAUUUACUAUGAUCUAAAAAAAGCACGCGCAGAGAAAAAUUUGGAUGAUAAAGUCGCUAUUGUAAGAGUUGAACAGAUUUCACCUUUCCCAUAUGAUUUAGUUAAAAAAGAAGCUGUUAAAUAUUCCAAUGCAGAUUUAGUAUGGGCUCAAGAAGAACACAAAAAUCAAGGUGCAUGGACAUAUAUUCAACCUAGAUUCCAUACAGCUCUUAAUGGAAUUCGUUCUGUAUCCAGCGGAAAUACAUCAUACGACAGUAAGGAUAGCAGAGGGUGGUUUAGUAGUUGGUUUUCAACUAAACCAACAAUUGUGUCCGAGCCACUAUCAAAAGAAUCUAAUAAAUCCAAACACAGAACAUUAAGAUAUGUUGGUCGACCAACGGGAGCUUCACCCGCAACAGGAAGCAAAAUGCAGCAUCUCAAAGAAUUGAAACAAUUACUUGAUGACUCCUUCAAUCUUUAAUUACUCUUCAUAGCACUAUGUAUAACACAUUUUAUUUAUUUUCUUCAUUAUACUUGUUAUAUUCUUUUUGUCCUGCUCUACAUCACUCUUUUAGAAGUUAACAUAACUUGCAAUUUUCUUUAUUAUUAAUUCAUUUAGAAUUAUCGCACGUACAAAUAUUUUCUUAAUAGAUUUAUUAUAAAAUUUAUGUAAUAUGUAUUAAUUCUUUUAAAAUUUCUAUCUUAUAUAAGUGCAAUGAUCGAAUCAAUAACUUAAUACUUCAAAACAUUUCUUUGCUUUAAUUAAAAAAA